UUGCUCCUAACCUCGUUCAAUCAAUGGAAGACCGCGUCUCUUUUUGCAAUUUAGCAUUUAGCUAAUUCCUGUGUUAACGUAAAUUAUUGACGAAAUAUUGUGUUAUAAAGUACAUUAGUACUGUCCAUUACUCUCGUCGGAACCUAAGUAAUUGAGUAAAAUCAUUUACUGACAGUAUUACCGUGUGAUUAUUGAGCGGUCGUGUCGGGGCCGUACACUUCCUGGUUUUCGUUUGUUUUCCGGAUUUUUAGUGAAAAAUGGUGCGAGGAACGGGUAGAGGCGGCCGUGGUAUGCCGGGGCGCGGUGGCAUGGGCCGCCCGCCGUUCAACAGGCCGAGGGUGCUCUUAUUACGCCCUCCUUUUGAUUUGACAAUGGCGGAGCCUGCUUUCCCGAGAUGUAAACCUGCCCCCGAUGACUCUGCGCUUACACAGGCCCUGCUUAAAAGGCAUGCAGAGCUAUGCCCGACCCCAGCGGAGCAGUCGGCGGUCCUCAGCCUGGUGACCAAGCUGCAGACUGUGCUUGACAACCUGGUGGUGGCACCAGGAGACUUCGCUGCUUGUCAACUGGAGGAAGUGAGGCAAGUGGGCUCGUACAAGAAGGGAACUAUGAUGGCAGGCAAGAAUGUGGCCGAUAUUGUGGUCAUCAUGAAGACGCUGCCCACUAAGGAGGCUGUUGAAGGACUGUCUAACAAGGUGACAGAAGAGCUGAACAAGUUGCUCGCAGCCGAGGGCGGGGGCUCCGUGGCGUGCAGCUGCCACGAGCGGGGCUUCACCGCGCAGGGCGCCGCGGCCGCCGUGCGCGUCCUCGUCACCACUCUUCACCACAACUUGAGGAAACUGGAGCCCGAGGUUCACCUGGAGUACAAGGUGAUCAGCAGCCACCUGGCCGCCAUCCGCCACAGCCGCUGGUUCGAAGAGAAUGCUCACCACUCUUCCAUCAAGGUGUUGAUCCGCCUUCUUCGCGACAUGUGCGCGCGUCACGCGGGACUCGAACCCCUGACCCCGUGGAUGAUCGACCUGCUUGCCCACCACUGCAUCAUGAACAACCCUCAGCGGCAGGCUCUGCCUAUCGCCCAAGCAUUCAGACGCGCCCUGUCCCUGCUAGCCGGAGGCCUGUUCUUACCAGGCUGCGCCGGCCUCUCCGACCCGUGCGAAGCCGCGCAUGCUCGCGCCCACACCGCAUUAGACCUACAGGCACAGGACAACGCCGCCGCUACGGCUCAGACACUCCUCCGUGUCGUCGCUCGCGGUGGUCACCGCUACGUCCUCGGCCUCCAACUCUUCGAAGGAGGCAAGGACAUCUCCGGGGAAAUAACUGUCUGGGACGGCGUGGUGGUGUCCCCCCUCGCCCCGGCUUACAGCGACGCGCCGGAGCCCAUGGACACUGAUGAUAAAGAAGAAGAGCAAGAUGGAGUGGCGGCUUGAACCAAACUUUAAGCAUUACUUUAAUUCUAGUAUCGGAUCUUUAAGUAUGACAUGAGAUGAGACCUUACUUUAAGCAUCGUAUGAGAUCUUUAAUAAAUUCUUAUUUAAC